AUGGUGACUGUGGAAGAGCAGAUGUCUGCGAAACGGGAGGAGCUCGAAACGUUGAAAAAGAUCACAGAGUUGACGAACACGAUGAAAUCGCAAUUGGAUGAACUGAGCGACCAAGUGGGUGAGAUUGAGGCCAGUGGAGAGUCGAUUGCGAACGUUGUGAAGUUAUGGGACUCUGUAACGCAGUCGAUUUCAGCAGCAGGGCUUGGGCUGCUCCGCUACGGUGAGAAGGAUUAUAAAGUGGGCCAAUGGUCCGAAGACGCAGAAAAGAAGAAAGAGGCCGAUACAAUGCCCUUCCCAGAGGGACUGGUGAGGGUGAAUAAGGCAGACCUGGAGAAGUAA